AAUAAUUAGGAAGCUGCCAGCAAACACCGUUAAACGGUUUAAUCAAUCCCCGGUUACCCAAUUUCCGUUCUCCGCCGCCGCCGUACAUGCCCUGACCGGUUCAUUUCGGUCACCCCUCUCUCUCUCAAGUCUCAACCUUUCUAAAAAAAAACUGAAUAUACAUAAAAACACAUUUUAUUUCGUAUAAAAAAUCCAAAAAGGCUAAAAAAUUAAUUCUAGAGAGAGAAAGACAUAACACCUUCAACUCAACUUCAGAGAAAGUUAUUGGAAUUGUUUAUUUAUUUUUGUUUUCCUUUUCCGCUUUGGGGCUGCGAGUGUGUGUUGUGGCUUUGAUAUUGUCUCCGUUCCCGUUUCCUUCUUCUACCGCUUCUUUUCUUUUCUUUUCUCUGCGUUUCAACUUUCAACACAGAAGAGAGAGAAAGGGAGGGAGAAGAUAGAGAGAGAAAACCUAGACACUAUUUUUCCUUUUCAUUUCGCUCGUUACUGUUUUCGUCUUCGAAUUGAGGAAUCGUCUCGUUCCUGCUAAGCCUUUUCAAUUGCGAGCAUUGAGUUUGCUUCUUUGCUUCUUCGUGGCGCGUCUUCUCGAAGCCAGCGAGCUCGUUUGAGGCCUUUGGAUUCCGCCGAACGAAUCGAAAUGUUGUUUCCGAAUGCGAUUUCGCCGGAAUUCUAGCUCCGAUCUCACGAAAUUGCUCGAAUCUUAGGGUUGAAGCAAUGGAUGUUGAUUCCUCCAUGGUGCCGGAGGCCGAUCACGAUCCGGCCGUGCAGAACCACGCCGCCGCCGCUCCUGCGCCGGCUGCGACGGAGGGAGAGCAUCUGGCGGAGCCACCGUCGUCCGGAGGCGGAUCUCCGGCGCAGCCUCAGGUGCAGCAACAGGCGGCGCCUGCUUCGGCGCCGCAGAGUCCGGUGGUUGGACCGAGGCUGGCGCCAUCUUACACUGUGGUGAAUGCAAUUAUGGAUAAGAAGGAGGACGGACCGGGGCCGAGGUGCGGCCCCCCCAGGCGCGACACUCCGCCGCAGCCCCGGGUGCAGCAACAGGCGCCGCCUGCUUCGGCGCCGCAGAGUCCGGUGGUUGGACCGAGGCUGGCGCCAUCUUACACUGUGGUGAAUGCAAUUAUGGAUAAGAAGGAGGACGGACCGGGGCCGAGGUGCGGCCACACGUUGACGGCGGUUGCGGCGGUCGGAGAGGAGGGGACGCCGGGGUACAUUGGUCCUCGGCUAAUUUUGUUCGGUGGUGCCACUGCUCUUGAAGGGAAUUCCGCGGCUUCAGGGACUCCUUCAUCUGCUGGAAAUGCUGGCAUACGUUUAGCUGGUGCCACAGCUGAUGUCCACUGUUAUGAUGUAUUGACUAAUAAAUGGUCUAGGAUAACUCCCUUUGGAGAACCUCCAACUCCAAGGGCUGCACAUGUGGCGACUGCUGUGGGAACUAUGGUGGUUAUUCAGGGUGGCAUUGGUCCUGCUGGUUUGUCAGCAGAGGACCUUCAUGUUCUUGAUCUCACUCAGCAAUGGCCACGCUGGCAUAGAGUGUCUGUUCAGGGCCCUGGACCUGGGCCACGCUAUGGACAUGUAAUGGCUUUGGUGGGGCAGAGGUAUCUAAUGGCAAUUGGAGGCAAUGAUGGAAAGAGACCUUUGGCUGAUGUAUGGGCCUUGGACACAGCUGCCAAGCCUUAUGAAUGGCGCAAGUUAGAGCCAGAAGGAGAGGGCCCACCACCAUGCAUGUAUGCAACUGCAAGUGCACGCUCUGAUGGACUUCUUCUGCUUUGUGGAGGGAGGGAUGCCAGUAGUGUUCCAUUGGCAAGUGCAUACGGACUUGCUAAACAUAGAGAUGGUCGUUGGGAAUGGGCAAUUGCCCCUGGUGUUUCACCAUCACCAAGAUAUCAGCAUGCAGCGGUGUUUGUUAAUGCAAGGCUCCACGUGUCUGGUGGGGCUCUUGGUGGAGGACGGAUGGUUGAAGACUCAUCAAGCGUUGCAGUAUUGGACACCGCCGCUGGUGUUUGGUGUGAUACAAAAUCUGUUGUUACCAGCCCAAGAACUGGUAGAUACAGUGCUGAUGCAGCAGGAGGAGAUGCAGCAGUUGAGUUGACUAGGCGUUGUAGGCAUGCAGCUGCCGCUGUUGGUGACCUAAUUUUUAUUUAUGGUGGUUUACGUGGGGGAAUCUUGCUAGAUGACCUACUUGUUGCUGAAGAUCUUGCUGCUGCUGAAACAACAGCUGCUGCUUCACAUGCUGCUGCUGCAGCAGCUGCUUCUAAUGUACAAGCAGGGCGCUUACCUGGACGAUAUGGAUUCAUUGAUGAUAGAUCAAGGCAAACAAUGCCUGAGGCUGCUGCUGAUGGUUCUGUUGUUUUGGGAAGUCCAGUUGCACCCCCAAUGAAUGGUGACAUUUAUAACGAUAUCAGCACUGAAAAUGCCAUGCUUCCAGUACCUCGGCGAACUGCUAAAGGAGUUGAGUAUUUAGUUGAAGCAUCAGCUGCAGAAGCGGAAGCAAUCAGUGCUGCACUGGCUGCUGCCAAGGCACGGCAAGAGAAUGGAGAAGUUGAAUUGCCUGACAGAGACCGUGGGGCGGAGGCGACCCCAAGUGGGAAACAAACAUCUUCCUUGAUUAAGCCUGAAUCUGAUUCUGCAGGUUCAAAUAAUGUUACUCCUGGUGGAGUCCGGCUGCAUCACAGAGCUGUGGUUGUUGCUGCAGAGACUGGUGGAGCAUUGGGUGGCAUGGUUAGACAGCUUUCAAUUGAUCAAUUUGAAAAUGAAGGCAGGCGAGUUAGUUAUGGGACUCCAGAAAAUGCAACUGCUGCCAGGAAAUUAUUAGAUCGGCAGAUGUCUAUCAAUAGUGUGCCAAAAAAGGUCAUUGCGCACCUCUUAAAGCCUCGUGGAUGGAAGCCACCAGUACGCCGGCAGUUUUUCUUAGAUUGUAAUGAAAUUGCUGAUCUUUGUGACAGUGCUGAGCGGAUAUUUUCAAGUGAACCAACUGUCUUACAACUUAGGGCACCAAUUAAAAUAUUUGGUGAUCUACAUGGACAGUUUGGUGAUCUCAUGCGCCUUUUUGAUGAGUACGGUGCACCAUCAACUGCUGGUGACAUUGCAUAUAUCGAUUAUCUAUUCCUAGGAGAUUAUGUUGAUCGGGGACAGCACAGCUUGGAAACUAUAACCCUUCUUCUUGCUCUGAAGGUUGAGUAUCCCAACAAUGUACAUUUAAUACGUGGAAACCAUGAAGCUGCAGAUAUUAAUGCCCUCUUUGGUUUCCGAAUUGAGUGCAUAGAGAGGAUGGGUGAGAGAGACGGAAUUUGGACAUGGCAUCGGAUAAACAAGCUGUUUAAUUGGCUUCCUCUAGCAGCUUUAAUUGAGAAAAAAAUUAUUUGCAUGCAUGGCGGUAUUGGUCGUUCAAUAAAUCAUGUAGAACAGAUUGAAAACAUUCAGCGUCCAAUUCCAAUGGAAGCAGGAUCAAUUGUGCUUAUGGAUCUAUUGUGGUCUGACCCUACAGAGAAUGACAGCGUGGAAGGUUUGCGGCCAAAUGCUAGAGGUCCUGGAUUAGUUACUUUUGGGCCUGAUCGGGUCAUGGAAUUUUGCAACAACAAUGAUCUUCAGCUGAUUGUUCGUGCACAUGAAUGUGUGAUGGAUGGAUUUGAGCGUUUUGCCCAGGGACAUUUGAUCACGCUGUUUUCAGCUACAAAUUAUUGUGGUACCGCAAAUAAUGCUGGGGCAAUAUUAGUUUUGGGUAGAGACCUUGUUGUGGUUCCUAAACUGAUUCAUCCAUUACCACCAGCAAUAUCUUCACCAGAAACGUCACCCGAACGUCAUAUUGAAGAUACAUGGAUGCAGGAGUUGAAUGCUAACAGACCACCAACACCAACUAGAGGUCGACCCCCAGGAACAAAUGACCGAGGUUCGCUAGCUUGGAUAUAGUGAUCAUCAAGAAUUAUUUAUUCCUUACUGGCUCGUGCUAUGCUAUCAGCCUUGUUUUAAUGUUUUGUAUAUAGCAUGAUGCCAUUUACUGGAGUCUCCGAACCUACUCCCCGCAGAAAGUUUUGGUUCUCACCACUCCACCAGCAGGCAAGCCUUGAUAAGAUAAGUACACAUUCGGCACGCAAGGUUGGUAGCCACUGCUACGUUUACUUUGACCAAGCUAGAACUCUCCCACCCAUUGUAAAUUGAGCAUAGGUUACAAAAUCAAGGUUAUGGUUGUCAUGGAGCCUAUAUUUUUGUCUUCAAUUCUUACAUAUUUUUUACUUCUUGCCCUUAGGCUAUUGUUGGGGUUUUGUUAAUCAAGAGGACGCGGUUUUUUUUUUUUUUUUUUUAAUGUGAUGGUGAGAUAUAAAUCAGAAAUAUUUCUUGGAGGUCCUUGUAUCAUAGGUUUUGCUCUGUAAUUUUCAUCUCUGUAGAAUUAAUUUUUGCGUGGAUCAGUAUUCUCCGACGAAGAAUGUUAAUUUUUGAUAGUAGAUUUUGUAUUUUA